AUGCGGCGGCUCCAAAUCGCAGCCUUUCGCGGCCAAGCCGCGUGCAGACCGAGGCGCCUGGUGUCGUGGCGAUGCCUGUCGGUGGGCUCGCCCCAGAACCAGGCCGCUCAGGAGCCUGAGGAGCAGUUCCGACUGAAGGAGAAGGAGCAGUUCCGACUGAAGGAGGAGGAGCAGUUCCCACUGAAGGAGGAGGAUGAGGAGGAGGAGCAGUUCCGACUGAAGGAGGAGGAUGAGGAGGAGGAUGAGGAGGAGGUGAAGAGCCCCUGGCCCUUCCUGAGCAGCGCCGAGCAGCGGUUGGCGGACGUCUCCGCGGGGCAGCACUGGCCAUGGAAGAACACCACCAUGGCGAGCCUGAAGGGGCGACGUCUUCUUGAAGGGGAUUGGCAGCUCAGCGAGUUCUUGCACGCGGACAUCACGGAGCCAGACCUGGCGAACUUCUCGGACCUGGACCUGGACCUGGCGGCUGCCGCGGCGGCGGCGGCGAGCGGCUCGAGCGAGCUGUGGGGCGCGCUGCGGGGCCAGGAGGGGCGCGUGGAGGGCAUGUUCUGCGGCAGCCUGGUGGCCAUCCUGGGAAGCCUCCGCCGGGCGCCGGAGGAGCUGCGCAGGAGCUGGCUGCCGCCGCUGGUGCAUCGCCUGCUGCAGAUCCCGCUGUCGCCAAGGCAUGCGCUGGUGCUGCUGGCCUCCAUGAAGAACGCCAAAGCCGCCUUCGGAGGCCAACGGCUGCCCACGGAUGAAGUGCUGGAGACUGCCGCGGCGGCGCUGCACGCGCGCCAGCAGGCGAAGCUCCCGGUGUUGGACGUGGUCUUGGCGCUGGAGUCGCUGGCGGACUUGCGGAAGAAGCAGCCAGGGGCUGCGCGCUUGGCGACGCUGGCGGCAGCACUGCUGCGGGCGCUGGGCGGAGGUCCCGGCCUGUCGCAGCUGGUGGCGCAGAGCGCGCAGGAGCGGAAUCGAGCGAUGGCGCUGAGGCUGCUGGCCGUCUUCGCCGACUUCCCGGAGGCCCUCGGCGCCGCGGGCGAGUGGCUGGCGGGGCUCAGCGACGCGCGCUACGGCCGGGAUGCGGUGGUGGGCCAAGAGACGGAGGCCGCGGCCGCGUUCGCGUUGAGCCGCUGCGGCGCGUGGAAGUCCGCGAGGGCCAACUUCCUCUUGUCCCAGGCGCUGCGGAGGGACUUGGAGGCCGCGGAGCCGCGGGUGAAGCAGGUGCUGGACGAAGAGCCCAUCUCCGGGCCUGCAGGCUCCUGGUGGCUGGCUGCCUGCGCCAUGUGCGGGGAGAGCCUGGAUGCGGCGGCAGGGCGGCCUGAGGCAUGGGCGCAGCGCGCCCCGGAGGCGCUGGGAGCGGCGGUGGAGAGGCUUCUAGGAGAGCCCGGCGGGCCGGAGCAUCGCGACGGCGACCCCGGCUCCGCAGCGCGGGCGCUGUGGGCAUUGCACGCCUUGGGCCUUGCGGCGGAGAAGGAGGACUUGGCGGCCCAACUCCUGCGGGACUUGGCCGAGAUGGAGCCCAGCUUUGGCUGGCAGACCUGGCAGCUGCUGCGGGAGCUGCAGCCGCUGCUGGCGCAGGAGUCGGCUGAGUGCCCCUUCGCGCUCUGGAAGGGCUCGCUGGAGGAGAGUUUGGAGGCGGAGCGCACCGCCUUUUUGGGCUCCGCGCGGCGUGGGCAGCUGGAGGAAGCGCUCAAGGUGCUUUGCCCCAGCGAGCCGCCGGAGCUGGGCUUUCGAGCCGGUCCUCUGUGCAUAGCUCUGUACUGGAGUGGCCACAACUUCGCCGUGGACAUUGAUUGCUUCUACAGCGCGGUGACCCCGGUGCUCCGGCGACAACUUUGGGCCAAAGUCUUGCCCGAGGUGCAGGUGAAGGAGAUCAGCCUCGCAGAGUGGGAUCGCGCUGAUGUUGCGCAGCGGGCGCGGCUUCUGCAGCCGCCCGAAGAUCUCGACGCCUCCGAAGCCGGCGGGGCGGAAGAGGAGAAGUUCACGCAACGAGCGGCGCGCAUCUCGCAGGUGAUGCGGGUGCAGGCCCAGCUGAUGCUCGAGAAGCUCGGCCCGCACAUGGCGCAGAAGGAGGGCCUGGGCGUCGGCGCAUCGGUCACCGCGGCUCUGAUCCUGGCCGCGCUGAGCAAGGAGCCGCCCGACUGGCUCUUUCAGGCCGUGGCAGAGACCACCGCGGCUGCUGAGGCCACCGUGCCUGCAUAG